UCAAAGUCAGUGACUCGUCUGGUUUUGUUGCCAUGUGUUCAAUGGGCAUGGCCCUACUUUGCAGAAUCUGAUAUUUCUUUCUAACUAAUCCAAUAACACUUUUGACAUGAAUAUGCACAUUAGCCACAUUUCACCUCAUCUGCUGACAACUGUCUUUUAGUGGCAAAACGUAUUAAUACAAUUAUUUUACCUCGUUGAUCAAGUACAGUAACAUCUCUGUAUUGUCCUUUUGCUCUGGGUUCUUAGCUGACUCACAGAGAUCCAGUGAGGCCUCUUCAGCUUCUGAGCAUCUCUGUUGAUCAUCUCUGUUCAUUUACACAAUGAUUCUGACACUGGUUCUUUUUUUUUUUUUACUUAAUGAAUAGCAAAUAUAAUGUGGUCAAUUCCCAUGUGUUCUGUUGGUAUAGUGAUCCAUAUAGUGGCAGUAGCUGAUAUAUAAAUGUUUUACAGCAAAUUCAGAAGUUGCCUCAGAUCAACUGCAACAACCAGUUCUCUUCACUUUCGCCUUCACUAUUCAGAGAAUUUUUCUCUCUUGAUUUCUACUUUAAAAAAUAUCAAUGGACUAUACUGAACUGAGGGCAUCAAAAACUAUUUAAUGCUUUAUUCUUCAUAUAAUGAACAACUGAAUCCAUAUAUUUCUUUUUAAGUGGCUAUUUCGUUGUUUUGACCAGCAAAUGGAAAAUGGAACCAUGCCUUCAUAUUUUUACUUCACUUUGUUCAAGGAGUUUGUUCACAUGAAAUAUCUCAUCCUAAUAUUUAUACUUGCAGUUUAUUUAGCAAUUAUAUUAUUUAAUGCCAUCAUUUUGUUUGUGGUGUUUAAAGACAGAUCUCUUCAUGAGCCAAUGUACAUACUGAUAUCUUGUUUGUCUGUCAAUGAUCUCUAUGGGUCAGCUGGUUUCUUCCCUAGAAUAAUGGUUGAUCUCCUUUCUGAUACAAAUACCAUUUCUAGGCCAGCGUGUUAUGUUCAGAUUUUUACCAUUUAUUCUUAUGCAAUAUCUGAAUAUACAAUAUUAACUCUGAUGGCGUAUGACAGAUAUGUUGCCAUAUGCAACCCUUUAAAAUAUCAUAAAAUUAUGUCAUUAAAAGUAACAGCAUUGUACAUGGCAAUAGCAUCACUUCAUGCAGUGUUUUCUAUGGGUCUCAUUAUUCUCUUCUCAGCCAGGUUGCCUUUGUGUGGGACUGACAUAGCUCGACUGUACUGCUCCAACUGGUCUGUGGUUCGACUCUCUUGUGGGACUUCAACUUUGAGUAAUAACAUAAUUGGAUUUUUUGUCUCAGCAACAACAGUUUUUCUCCCUGCCUUCUUCAUUUUAUAUACUUAUGUCAGAAUUUUGGUCAUUUGUCAAAAAAGCUCCAAAGAAUUUAGGGGCAAAGCAGUACAAACAUGUCUUCCUCACAUUAUAAGCUUUCUGAACUACUCUAUUGCAUCAUUUUGUGACAUUGCUCUAAGUCGAUAUGAUUCAGACAAAUACAAGAUUGUGGCUAUAAUUUUUUCAGUGGAAUUUCUUGUUAUUCCUCCUGUUCUCAAUCCUCUUAUUUAUGGCUUAAAUUUGCCAGAAAUUCGCAAAAACAUUUUAUGUUUGUUUCAACAAAAAUUGCCAAUUUUCCAGAAUAAGUAAUUAAAGGAGAAUAUGACAUAAAAAGCUAAUUGGUUUUACAGUGUUUUUUUUUUUUUUUUUUUUUUUUAUAAAACUUAAUUCCCUGAAAUGAUUUUUUUAGUGCUAUAUGAUGAGGCACAUUGUUUUCUCAUGUAACAUAUACUUCUUAUGUCAUCAUAAAACAAGUCAUCAUCUCCUUGAUGUUGUGUAAUAAUCUCCAAUUUAAUAUUUAAUAAAAUACUUAUGGCACGUUUCCUUGUUACUUGUUACCUUGUUACUCAACACUGCGCAUUUUAAUAUACUAAUGGGUGCAAUUUAAUAUCUUUUGCUAGUAUUUGUAUUAACAUGCUUUUGUCUGAACUGUAUUUGAAUCUUUUUUUUUCUUGCUUUAUAUACUGUACUGUAUGUCGCCAGUUAAAUUUUGGAAGUUUAAUAUUGAAAUGAUAUUAAAAAAUAAAUGUAUAGAAAACCCUAUAAAACUAUACUUGUUUUAAUAUUCUGUACUUAGGUAUUGUAUUUACAUGGGCAUGCAGGAAUAGUACAUUCACUUGUAUGGAGCUAUCAAAGCAAACAGGGACUCAGAGGGAACCAGCAUACAUUCUUAUGUUAAAAAUCUGGGGGUCAUCUUUGAUUCCGAUCUGAAGUUUGACAAACAAAUAAAUUCAGUGGUUAGGGCCAGCUUUUCCCAGCUAAAGUGACUUCGAAAGUUAAAGCGCCUUCUUUCUUUUAGGGAUUUGGAGACCGUUAUUCACACUUUUAUUUCCUCAAGGCUUGAUUACUGCAAUGUCUUGUAUGCUGGAAUCAGUCAGUCAUCACUCUCAUGAUUACAAAUUGUCCAAAAUGCUGCAGCUCAUUUCCUGACUGGGACAAAAAAAGAGGGAACAUAUUUCACCUAUCCAGGCCUCUCUCCAUUGGCACCCUGUGAAACAAAGAAUUGAUUUUAAGGCUUUAAUUUACGUGUUCUUUGCUAUGGCCUUCUCUUCAUUCUAUCUACAGAUGUUACCGCCUGACUUCAGAGCAAUGCGCUUUCACACCUUAUUUAUUUCCCAAGUACUUCUGAAACUUGCACUUGAAUGUCAUUCAUUGCCAUUCUGUAAAUUAACUGAAAUAUUUGGUAACACUUUAUUUCAUAGCAUAUAAUUAGGCAUAAUUUGUUGUUAUUGCUAUAAUAAAUAUGUGAAAUGUGUUACAGUAAAUUAUGCCUAAUUAUAUGCAAACCUAAACCAAACACUAAUUCCAACUACCAUAUAGUAAGUACAUUUUGUUAAUUAAUAUGACAAUUAAGUAAAUUGUAUAAUUGACAGUAAGGACACAUUAAAAUAAAGUGUAAACAAAUAUUUAUAUGUGCUAUAUGUGUGUCUUGGACAGAAAAUGCAAUAUGAAUGUAAGAAUAUAUUGCUUGGUCUAAAUCAAAUUUCUAUUUAACCCCCAUCCUGGCCCCUGCAUGGUGGUCUUAUUUCAAAGGCAUAAAUCAGUGUUUAUCUUAUUUUAUUUUGUUAUAUUAAUAUAUUUCAUUGUUCUCAGAGAAAACAACUGAGAAAUAAAUCUCAAAAGUAUGCAUUAUCUCUGUGUAAUCAUCCAUUAUAAUGACGCAAUAUUCUUCAUCUAAAAACAUCAGUCAAGCUUCACUGGGACUGGCCUUUUGACCUUUUGACCAAAGGGAUUCAUUUGUUUUUGUAAUGUCUAACUAAACCUGAAGGUCCAUUUAUCUUAGCCUACUGGGAGAAUGUGGUGGUCAAGAUGCUUUCCUGGAAUGGUCAAGGGACCAUAUUAGGAGUGAAAACAAGUUAACGACUUGUUAAUUACAUGUUUUGAGUUACAUCAUUUGGUGGUGCACUAAAAAUAGUGGUAUUUGCUACCAUACCACUGAAUGCUAUUUGACACUGAAAAUUAGCAAAUUUACAAAACAUGAAAUCAAAAAAAAAAAAAAAAAAAAAGUGCUGAAAUGUAGUAUUAAUAAGACUAAUGUACUGAGCCCUGCACAUGACAUGCAAGAAAAAGAAAAAAAAAAUC